AUGAGUGCCAAGCUCUCCAAAGAGUUAAGACUGUCCCUGCCGCCUUGUCUUCUGAACAGGACAUCUGCCACCUUAAAUACCAGCAGCACCUGCAUCACGCAAGUGGGUCAACUCUUUCAGUCCUUCUCAUCCACGCUGGUUUUAAUUGUCCUGAUCACCCUCAUCCUCUGCCUGAUCCUCCUCUCCCUCACCACCUUCCACAUCCACAAGAGGAAGAUGAAGAAGCGGAAAAUGCAAAGGGCACAGGAGGAGUACGAACGGGACCACUGUGCCCGCAGCAGCAAAAGCAGCAGCCAGCACCCCGGGACAGUGGUGCAGGGAGAGGCACCCCAAGGAAGAGACAGCCGACUGGGAAGACCCCCCCAGGACUCGGAGAUCCAGCGCUCCUCCAGCGCCUCGGCAGCCCCCAGCUCUCAGCAAGCACAGGCUUGUUUGGACACAGCUGGCGCGGGGCUCCUGCAGACGGUGAUCUUGUCAUGA